UAUAUAUAUAUACACACAGACAUUACAUGUAUAUAUAUAUAUAUAUAUAUGCAUAGAUAAUCAUAAAACACAUGUAAGUUUUGUGUUUGUUGGUUUAUAUAUAUAGUUCUCUCUUUCAUUCUUGUUCUUCUUCAUUCAUCUUUUCAUCUUCUUGUCUGAGAGUUGUGUUGAUUGAUUGGUGUGACCCAAAAAAUGGCUCAAUUGCCACCAAAAAUUCCAAACAUGACACCCAAUUGGCCAGACUUCUCUUCUCCUCACCAAAAGAUGCCUUCCCUCAAAACCAUGUCACCUAACCAAAACCCUUCAUGGGUGGAUGAGUUUCUUGAAUUCUCCGCGGCGAGACGUGGGGCCCACCGGCGGUCGGUGAGCGACUCCAUCACCUUCUUGGAGGCACCAUUGCUGGACCACCAUCAUUGCAAAGGUGGCAGUGUUGGUGGUGGUGGCGGUAGCGGCGACAACGAGUUCGAGAGGUUUGAUGAUGAACAAUUCAUGUCCAUGUUUAGUGAUGAGGCUUCAGGGAAUAAUAAUAAUAAUAAUAAUAAUAAUAAUAAUAAUAAUAAUAAUAAUAAUAAUACCAUGAUGGAAAACGCGUUAUCCUCUUCCAACCCUUCUACACCUUCCGAUCACAACAGCAUCAAUGAUGAGAAGGAAAUGAACAACAAGGAAGAGGAAGGGAAGAAGCAAGUGAAGAAUGAGUCCGAGGAGGAUGAGGAUGAAAGCCAAUGCAAACAAGAAAUCACGCAACUUCCCAACAAUGAUGAUAGUAAAAACAAUAGUAAUGCAAAUGCAACAUGUUCUAGUGAGAAAAUCACAGACCCCAAGAGGGUCAAAAGAAUCUUGGCAAAUAGACAAUCUGCGCAAAGAUCAAGAGUGAGGAAACUGCAAUACAUAUCUGAGCUUGAGCGAAGUGUGACUUCAUUACAGGCCGAAGUUUCAGUGUUGUCUCCACGGGUUGCAUUUUUGGAUCAUCAACGUUUGCUUCUGAAUGUUGACAAUAGUGCUUUGAAGCAAAGAAUCGCAGCGCUGGCCCAAGACAAGAUUUUCAAAGAUGCACAUCAAGAAGCACUGAAGAGGGAGAUAGAGAGACUUAGGCAAGUUUAUCACCAACAAAACAUAAAGAAGAUGGACAAUGCUGCAGGGUCACCACCAUCCCAAUCCCCACCAUCUCCAUCACCAAAACCACGAUGUGAAACUCACACUGAAAAGGAACAGCUUAUCAAUGUUUGAAGUUUGAAUUUGAACCCUCCAUUUGAAGACUCACUCACUCACCCUUUAUAGACUAUGAUCAAAUUAACAUAUCAACCACCUAGCUUGUUCAAAAAAAUAUCAACCACCUAGUGUAUGCUAGUUUAGAUGAUCUGUGAUUCCUUUCAAUAUUAAAAAAGAAAUUGCAGAAUUUUGAAAAUAGGAGAAAAGGAGAAAAAAAAUAUGUACAAAACUUGAAUGCAUUUAUAGGUGAUUUUGGUAUUAUUAUUUUUUUAUCAGAAUUUGAGUUUUAUCUCGAUAAUCUGUGUAAUUCAUCAAAUGCCAACACAAAUGCCAACACAGAUUAAGUAAAACCCUAAUUUUGAUUAGAAAAUAACACCAAAAUACCUAUUAAAGUGCAAUUAAGUUUUGUGAUUAGAAGAAAAAAAAAAUGUUGUGUGACUGCUUGUAGUUGUAAUGUAAUGAAUGUCAUCACGUACUGUUGGGUAGAGAGAGGGUGAGAAUUUUUAUUAGGCAAUCGAUGAUUUGAUGAAGGGAAAUGUUGUUAAAUGAGAAGAGGGUCAUCACAUUACAUUAUAAUGUGGUGUGGUGAGGCCACAUUGGUGGUGGUAGGCUUUUGCUAUCAAACUGAGACAGUCACGUGAUGUGUUUACUUUAAAGAAAAGGGGGACCACUCAAGUUGCAUGAUUGAGAAUGCAGGGAAACACAUGUGCACCAGUGACAUCAAAGAGAGGGUGGAAGAAAAAAAACAGUUGUGUCUGCUUUAACUAGAUUCUUUCAGUUAUUUUUUAUUAUUUCUUAUUAUUAUUUGUUUUCUUCUUGAUUAUUUUCUUUUAAUUUAAUUUUUAUUUUUUCUUGGGUUUUUUUUCUUCCAAUAUUCAAGUUGGAAAACAAAGACUAGUGGGCGUGUGUGUUGGGAUGGAUGAAAGGAAGGUAUGUCAUUAUCAGUGAAAGUCUCUUGGCUCUUCUCUGAGUUUUGUUGCACUUUGUGUUACUGCUUUUAAGGCAUGUAAUUAUCUUUA